AUCUUUAUUUCAAUAUAAUCAUUUUCAGAUGUUAAUUAUGUUUUUAUCUUUUAUUUUAUGUUUAAAUCUUUUAUUUUCAGACAUUGUAACUGUUUUCAUUUAACUAGUUUUCCUGUAUUAAUAAUCUUUAUUUUAAUAUAAUCAUUUUCAGAUGUAAAUUAUGUUUUUUUUUGUGAGGGGAAAAGUGGUUACAAUCUGAACAAGGCCUAUGCCGGACCACUUUUUCACUAGUUUUGAGGGUUUGAAAACCUAGUGUUUCACCACUUUUAGCUUUUGUACCUUAUUUGUUUAUGCCACAUGGUAUUAGGUUGUUUACAAGUGCAAACGUGCAUUUGUUAUCAAUUGCCCAUAUCUUAGGUCAAUAUGGUAUCAUCUGUAUACAUCUUAAACUAAGUAAAUAUGUUUUUUUUUGUAUAUUGGAUUCAUUGAGUGCAUGUGCACUGCAUAUAAAUUCGCAUUAUUUAAACCAUAUAAAAUAAGAAAUAACUGUUUUAAUUAAAAUUAAUUUUGUUUUAACGAGUUAAGUCCUCUUACAUCUAGACCCUACAACACACCCUAAUAUAAACCACUGUAAUCACCACAUGUGAGAAUAAAUGGGAGAACACCAUAGUCGACAAUACUACCCUCGUACGCAACCCAAUUCACCACACCUGUACACCAACCCAACAAACAAAAAGGAUGGGCAACAAUAUAGCGGACACAUUCGUCGUCACCACUCGGAUACAACAUCCAUCGCUACAACAUCCAUACUUGGAUUGUAUUAUGUUUCCGUCACUUCGUUUUAUCACCGUUGAUCUUUCGUACCACCGAUUUUAGAUCAGUGUAUCAGUACGUUUCUUUAGCACAUUUUAUUAGGGGUAUUCAAACCAGCCUUGUUAAUUCGUUAGUCGUUAGUUCGGUAGUUUUUACAUGUAUUUUGUUUUUGUAAAAUUAACAGACUAUCGUUUUACCGAGUAACGAACUAUCCAGCUGGCAAGCUUGAUAAUUGUUUCGUUACUCGGUAAUAUCACAUCAGCUGUUUGUUUGUUGUUCGUUGCUUUAUUCAUUUUCAACGGAAAAAUAAGUCUGGCGUCCGUUGCUUAUUUUUAAAGGGAAAAAUUAAUUUGGUGCACACUCGUGAGUUUGAAAAAAUUUUGCAAAAUGGAACCUCAAAAGGAGAUACGUAAGAGGGCAAAGCCUCAAAAAAAAUGGAGUGAGGAGGAAAACGAUUUAAUUCUAGAAUAUUUACUAGAAAAUGUGGAAAUUGAGAAACCAAACGCCCAGUUGUACUAUAAAAAAUUAGUUGAAAUAACAAAUAUUGAUGCGACUACGGACAUGUUGCGCUGCAAGGUCCGGUACUGGAAGCAGAUGUAUAACAAAGCUGAGGAGUGGCGCAAAUCGACUGGUGCUGGAAUAGACGUUGGCGAUGAUGUUUCCUCAAUAAAAGCAAAAAUUUCACAAAUGUGUCCGAAUUAUGAACGGUUUUCGGUUCUAUUUGGGAGUAAAUCCGAAGCCAAUUGUGUUGUAGAGACGUACAACCCUGAAGUGUCACAAUACUGCAGCGAUUUUGCAGACCUUGUAGAGGUAGUAGAAAUUCCAGCAUCAUCACAAUCAUCUGCGGAACCAUCGGGUUCACUUAACGACAAUGCAGAACAGACAACAGUAGGAGCAGAGGUAGCAACAGAUUUUCCUACAACUCCGUCGUUCCUCGAAAAAGUGAAAAAACGUGCUCCCAAAAAUAUUCUUAGUGAACUUAAAGAUAUACAAAAGAAAAGAGAACAGUUUUUUGAGCAACGAAUAGAAAUUGAAAAAGAAAAGUUAAAUUUGGAAAAGUUAAAGCUAGAAUUGGACAGAGAAAAGAUAAAUAAAGAUUUUGAAAUAAAAAAAUUGGAGUUAGAGCAAAAAGAAAGACUGGCGAUGAUUGAACUAAAGUGUAAAUAUAAUAUGUAACGAUUUUAUAUGUAUGUUUUGUAAAAUAAUUCUUAAGAAUGUACAAAUAUAUCUAAAUGUGAUAACUUGAAUUGAAUUAUGUAAAAAUGAAAAAUGAAUUUUUGAUGUGAUCAUAAUUUUUAAUUUAAUAAAACAGCAUUUGGAAACAUAAGAUGAUAUAACGAUUGUCUUUUUAAUUCAAAGCUACUUGAGGUCGUUUCUUCCACUUCUUCUUCAUAAAUGUCUUCAUUUGUACUCUCAUUGAAAUUCUUAUUUUCACUGUUAUCAAGUAGUAUAUUGUGAAGAAUGCAGCAUACUAGUAUCCAUUCGUUACAGUAUUUUUGACUACUUUUAUUUCGAAUUCGAAUCCUGAGCUCUUUUAAACUGCAAAAUCGCUCUUUUAAUAAGCCGAAACAGUGUUCAAUUCUUACACGGUAUUUGCUAUGCUGUUUGUUGAAUUUUUUUCUUUUAAGUAGUUCAAAUUGUUGAGAGUUGCUUCUGUAGGGCGUUAUAAUAAUGUUACUGAGGGGGUAAGCAGAGUCUCCAGCAAUCCACUCCUGUCCUGAAAAAAAUCUUGGCUGAUAUUUGUUUAGUGAACAGUUUUUAAAUAUUUUUGCAUCGUGAGUAGAGCCACUGUAGCCAACGACAACAUCGCGAAUUUUGAGCUUGUAGUCGCAAAUCAUUUGAGCUUUAAUUGCACAUAUAUGAUUUCCGGAAAAGAAGUAUUCAUGAUUUUUAUUGGUGAUUUGGCGAGUUUUAUUUCAGUGCCAUCCACGUAACCUACACAAAAUGGUAGUUCGUUGAACGUUUCUCAUACUAUUAAAGAGCGCUCAGUAUUAUCUGGCCAAUAUACUUAUACUCGUAUAUAUAAAUGGAGUUCUUUUAAAAAUGCCUUAAAUACUCUGCGUGCUUGCCACUACUUAAAAACUUCGUCACUUGAUAUGAGGGUCAAUAAAUGAGUAAAUUGAGUUCGGUCUACACGCAGCAUUUGACGGAACCGAUUGUCAUCCAUUGUGGUUAAAAUAUCAUCGUACCAGUGAAUUGACUUUCGAACAAUAUUUUCUAUACCUCUACGACAGUUUAGUGUAAUGAGCAAAUCCUCAUACACCUCGUCAAUGGUAUCCUCUACCAAAUCUUCAUCUUCACUAAAUAUGUCUUGAAAUAAUUUGAAAGUUAGUUCCAUGCUCCUCUAUACAUCAACUUAAAGUACUUACCAGUAAUAAAUUUGAUCUGCUCCAUAUAAUUUUCAAUUAAAUGAUUGACAAUUUUUGAUUUUGCACUUUGUUGAGGCAUUUUAACUCUUUAAUAAAAUUGAAUCAGCUGUUUCGGAAUAAAAUUUACCAUACUACCAAGGUAGAGCAAAAAGUAUGUUCACAGUUAAGCCUUUUAACGAAGUAACAACUAACGAAUUACCAAAUUAACAGGCUUCGGUCUGAAUACC